CGGGGCCAACUGGGCAAGGGCAGAGCAGAGUAUCGGAUCACAUCACAUCACGCAUAGAAUUCGUUGUGCUGCCCCGUCUCCAAAUCGCAUAUCGAAUUCUCGUCAUGGAAUCCGUGGAUCUCGUUCCGGUGUUCGUCGGCCGUGCGUGCGCGUGUGUGAUCAGUCCUGAGCGCCUUGUCGCUGCACCAACCGCGCGGCCCUGCUAAAGCAGUUAUGCCCGGAGAGGAUCGCUGUCAUAUAAACUCGGUCCCCAAUGGCUGCGCGAGGCCCAGACCAACCCCCUCCCCAGACUCCGCGGAGCACGAAUCCAGGGUCGGUUACAGAUUCCCAUUCCUAUCCCGCCUCCCGCUCCCGCUCCGGGGAUGACCGGGGAAAUCAAGAACCUCGACGGCGACAAGGCGCUGGCGGCGCCGGCCGAUGACGGCGGCGGAGCGGCCGGCCAUGGCAGGAAGGGCGGCAAGAACAAGCUGUCGCUGGUCCCGCUCAUCUUCCUCAUCUUCUUCGAGGUCGCCGGCGGGCCCUACGGCGCCGAGCCGGCGGUGCAGUCGGCGGGGCCCCUCUUCGCUCUGCUCGGCUUCCUCAUCUUCCCCUUCAUCUGGGCCAUCCCGGAGUCGCUCGUCACGGCCGAGCUCUCCACCGCGAUGCCCGGGAACGGCGGCUUCGUGGUCUGGGCCGACCGCGCCUUCGGCCCCGUCUCGGGCUCCCUCAUGGGCACCUGGAAGUACGUCUCGGGGGCCAUCAACGGCGCCGCCUUCCCGGCGCUCUGCGCCGACUACCUCGCCCGCGUCGUGCCCGCCGUGGCCGACGGCGGCGCGCGGGUGGCCACCAUCGUCACCUUCAACGUCGCGCUCUCCGUGCUCAACUACACCGGCCUCAGCGUCGUGGGGUGGUCCGCCGUGGCGCUGGGGGUCGCCUCGCUAUCGCCGUUCGUGCUCAUGUCCGGCAUCGCGCUGCCCAAGAUCCGGCCGCACAGGUGGGCGGCCACCGCCGGGGACAAGGACUGGAAGCUCUUCUUCAACACGCUCUUCUGGAACCUCAACUACUGGGACAGCGUCAGCACGAUGGCCGGCGAGGUGGAGAACCCCGGCAGGACGUUCCCGACGGCGCUCAUGUCGUCCGUGGCCAUGACGUCCCUCGGCUACCUGCUGCCGCUCAUGGCGGCCACCGGCGCCGUCGACGCGCCGCCGGAGCAGUGGGGGAACGGCUUCUUCGCCGACGCCGCAGGCACGAUCGCCGGCGACUGGCUCAAGUACUGGAUCGAGGUGGGCGCGGUGCUCUCUUCCAUCGGCCUCUACUCGGCGACGCUAAGCAGCGCGGCAUUCCAGCUUCUUGGAAUGGCGGACCUAGGCCUCCUCCCCCGUGUGUUCGCGCUACGUGCCCCGAUCUUCAACACUCCCUGGGUCAGCAUCGUGGUCACCAGCCUCAUCACCCUCGGCAUGUCCUUCUUCAGCUUCAACAACAUCGUGGCCGCUGCCAACUUCCUCUACAGCCUCGGCAUGCUCCUCGAGUUUGCCACGUUUGUCUGGCUUCGGAUCAAGCGGCCAGAGAUGUCGCGCCCCUACCGCGUACCGCUGCGACUCCCAGGCAUCGUUGUCCUCUGCCUCGUCCCCUCGGGGUUCCUUGUCUUCGUCAUGGCCAUCGCUGGUUGGAAGGUGUAUGCCAUCAGCGCUAUGUUCACUGCAGCAGGCCUCGGGGUGUAUUACCUCAUGAAGUUUUGUAAGGUGAGAGGGUUCCUCAAGUUUGGCACCGUCGACGGCGAGGGUUUGAUGUAUGAGUGUCAUCAGGGGAGAGAAAAUGUCAGUGUUUGAGGGUUGUGAUUCUCUUGGUAUCACAAAAACAACACUGAUUUGGUGGGUGCAAUCAUGACAUAUUGCAAGCCGACCAUUUCUCUCCUUUCCUUUCAUCAGCAGCGUAGCGAAAUAGCAUUUUUCAUAGCUUACUAGAAGCAUAUGAGUACAUAUCAUUGCUUUUCUCUUAUCUUGGUGGAUCUCUGUCUGCUGGCUAAUAUCUGAUGGGUUAUUCAGUUCUUGAGCUGCUGGGUUGUUGA